GUCCUGUUUGCUGGUGUGGGUCCUCUUCUGGUGGCGUUGUCCAAUAGGAUGAUGGGUUGUUCCGAGGUGCUCUCGGUGCGGCGUUGAGUAACGGCCGGAGCGGGAGGCUGGUAAAAUUGUGGCAGAAUGUUUCUUACAGCAUUUCUGCUUCGGAAAGGAAUUCCAGGCAAACAGUGGAUAGGAAAAUACAGACGCCCUAGACAAAUUACCUGGCAAAUGAAGCGUAAUGUAAUUAAAAGACUGGAAAUUGAAAGGGAGACAGAGUACUGGCUGAGCCGCCCCUGGAUGACUGUAGAGCAGGAAAGAGGUCAUGCAGCACAACGCAGAGCUGAACGUUGGGAGGCUUUCAAGAAUGCCAAAUCUGCAAACUUUCCUGAAUCCAAAUAUAUUGAAGAACAUUUAAAUCACUUGAAUGUGACCAAAAAGUGGGGCAUGUGAAAAAUUUGGCAGAGGUCUCUUUUUUAAUUAUGUUGCCAAAUUCACUGAUGGGAUUUAAAAAGUGCCUCCUGGUAAUUAUUGUGAAUUCCAACUAGCAAUAAAGUUGUGUGUUAUGUAUAAUUAUUUAA